AUGACGAUUUCCAGCAACGAAGCUGUGAGCCCUAGCGGUUCGCAGCCUGUUGACUCUCCUUCCAAGACCACCGUUUCAGCAAAGAAGCGGAAGCUAGAAGAGUUCACGUCUGCGCCAAACGAUUCCAAUGCGUCACAAGCAGGUUCUCCCGCUCCCAGCAAUGCCUCCGUGCCGUCCCCAGCCAAGCAUCGCCGACCGCCACUCGACUUCAAGACAGGGAAACCAGUGGGCGACAAACCUCGCCGACCACCACUCAAUUUCAGGACUGGCAAGCCCGUAACGGAACCGAUCAAGGGACAGCCAAAGUUCUCAACUGAAAAGGGCUCCUCGCCAGUCAAAUCGCCAGCGAAACCGCCAGCCAAGUCACCAGCGAAAGCCUCGCCCACGAAGGCAACACCCACAAAGGCAACGCCCACAAAGAGACCAGUGGGGAGGCCGAGGAAAACGCCAAUCCCGAUAAAAAGAGUGGAAGAAGGCGACGACGAUAACGAAGAUGUGCUAUCGGCGACUGAGAAUUUUGGGACGCCGUCUAAGAGCACGGGGAAGCGACUCUGGGGUCCAACAGCAGCUUCCGCCACGCCCCGAGGGAUUCUGACACCUUCGAAGAAUCGGGUAGUGACGCCCAAAAGCGUUAAAUUUGAUAAGCAAAUUGGCACAGAGCUGUUUUUCGCGGAUCUACCAAGCAAAGGGACGCCGGCGUCCACUAAACCCCAGCAUGAAGCUGAACCGGCGGCUGAUAUCGUCUGCGGCGUGUGCCGCAAGCCACAAUCGAAACCACCGAACGAGAUCAUUCUCUGCGAUAAUUGUGACUAUGCUGUCCACCAGCUCUGUUGCGGUGUUGAGGAGAUACCCGAGGGCGACUGGCUGUGUAGAAGUUGUUCGCAAGAAGAUGCUAUCAACACUACACCAAAAGCAAGUGCCCCAUGGGCAUUGAAAGCCACGGUGGCACCAGUGCCCACAGCUCCAGUUGAACUGCCAGAUAUCCCGAAUCUGGAGCAACAUGUGCGGUCAUUGCAGCGCGUUCUCCUGGACCGGUGCCUGGGUCAACGGAGGAUCGAAAUGUUUGGGCUGCACGAGGUACGCGAGAAAUGCCACCAGAUGAUCGAGCAGACCGUGGUAGCUGGUGAGGGCAACUCCAUGCUGCUCAUCGGCGCCAGAGGCAGCGGCAAGACGACCAUGUUGGAGAAUGUAAUUGACGACAUCCACGAGGAGCACAGUAGCGACUUUCACGUGGUACGACUAAACGGCUUUAUACACACUGACGACAAGCUCGCAUUGAAGGAGAUCUGGCGUCAGUUGGGGAAGGAGAUGGAUGUGGAAGAUGACCUGAUGAACAGGACAAACUACGCCGAUACCAUGGCGUCGCUUCUAGCCCUGCUUUCUCAUCCGUCAGAGAUUCUAGGCACCGACGAGGGCGUCACAUCCCAGUCCAUCAUUUUUGUCAUUGACGAGUUCGACAUGUUCGCAGCGCAUCCCCGACAGACGCUACUAUACAACCUUUUCGACGUAGCACAGUCUCGAAAGGCGCCCAUCGCAGUAUUGGGUUGCACAACACGGCUUAAUGUGGUUGAGAUGCUCGAGAAGAGAGUCAAGAGUCGCUUCAGCCACCGCUACGUCUACCUCACCAUGCCUCGGUCAUUGCCAGCAUACUGGCAGGUGUGCAAGCAGGGAUUGCUUAUCGAGGAGAAGGAUGCGAGCAAGGAGGGCCUUGACGUGGACCUAGAUGGAUAUGCGCAAUUCCACCAGUACUGGAACGCGAAGAUCGAAGGCAUGUACAAGCUCCACGCCUUCCAGGAGUUGCUGCAAUAUCACUACUACACGAACAAGUCGCCGUCAGCUUUCUGCAACGAAUGGGUGCUCCCUUUGGCAUCACUGUCGACGACGAAUCUAAACCUCGAGAUCCCGUCCAUCGCCUCGCAACUGACAUCCCUGAGCUCGCCCGAGUCGAAAUUAAAUCUGCUUCCGGCUUUGUCGGACCUUGAUCUAGGCUUGCUUAUCGCUGCGGCCCGUCUGGACAUUGUUGCUCAUACAGACACGGUCAACUUUGCAAUGGCCUAUGACGAAUACACUUCACUCGUGGGCCGGCAGCGCAUCCAGUCUGCUUCGUCGGGAAUGCUGGCGGUGGGAGGCGGUGUCCGCGUGUGGAGCCGUGGUGUCGCGGGCAUUGCGUGGGAGAGACUGAUCAGCCUGGGCUUGCUCGUCCCUUCUGGAAUCAACGGAGGCAAGGGCAUGGCACAUGGAAGCCUAGAGGGGCGGAUGUGGAAGGUUGAUGUAGCGUUGGAGGAGAUACCCCUCGGUGUGAAGCUGAGCAAUGUGCUGGCCAAGUGGUGCAAGGAGCUUCCCCGCCGCCUCCUCCAUCUCCUCACCCUCCUCGUCCUCCUCCUCGCCGUCACCCUGGCUUCACGCGCCUUUCCCCGUCUGUCCUCUGUCGUCAAUCACUUCAGACCACCCACUUUCCAGUCGUUUCUGCCCAUUCGCUCUGUCACGACAAGUACCAUGGCCAGCGCCAAGUUCAAGCAGCCGCCGCAGGCGCCACCACUCUUCACUCACACGGCCGAGUCCAUCAUCAGCGAGACCGAGCGACUGAAUGCUGAGUACAAGAAGGACCUUGACGACAUUGUAGCAAAGGUCAAGCCUGAGAAUGCCACCUUCAAGAACACCAUUGGCCCCAUUCUCGUGGACGACGACGGUUCGGCUGUCCUCCGUCGAGUCCUCAACUUCUACCAGCACACCAGCCCCGAUGCGAAGCUGCGCGAUGCGUCGACCAAGGCGGACGACAUUACGAGCGACUUUGAUAUCGAGUGCAAGAUGCGCCAGGACGUCUUUGACGUUGUCGAGGCGGCCUUCAACCAGCGCGAGUCUGAGAAGCUGGACAACGAGUCCCUGCGCGUGCUGGAGAAGGAGCGUAAGAGGUACGUCCGCAAUGGACUGCUGAUUCCCGACGGCCCCAAGAGGGACCGUUUCAAGGAAGUGCAGAAGCGCCUGGCGCAGCUCUGCAUCCAGUGCCAGAAGAACCUGAACGAGGACAAGAGUGCUAUCUGGUUCACUCCUGAAGAGCUGGAUGGUGUACCAGAGGACGACAUCAACAUUGCCGAUCUCGAGAAAGGCACGGGCGAGAAUGAGGGCAAGGUCAAGUUGACCUUCAAAUACACUCACUUCUUCCCUGUUGUCAAGUACGCCAAGAACGCGGAGACGAGGUCGCGCUACGUAAUCGAAGAUGCCAACAAGGCCAACCACAACGUGCCGCUCUUCCAAGAGAUCCUCGAGCUGCGCGAUGAAGCUGCCCGCUUGCUCGGGUACCCAAAUCACGCGAGCGUGAACAUUGAGGAGAAGAUGGCCAAGUCGCCGGCCAAGGUCAAUGAGUUCUUGGGCGAUCUCAGGACCAGACUGGCCGAGGGUGGCAAGAAGGAUGCCGCUGCUCUGCUCGAGUACAAGAAGAAGGACUACGCCGAACGUGGGGAGGAGUUUGACGGCAACUUCUACAUGUGGGACACAUCCUUCUACUCUCGCAUCAUGAAGGAGAAGGAGUACAAUGUCGACGAGAUCAAGAUCUCACAGUACUUCCCAGUCGAAUCAACCUUUAACGGUAUGCUCAAGAUCUUUGAAGAGAUCUUUGGUCUGCUCUUUGUCGAGGUCACGGGAGAAGACCGCAAACAAAUCAGCAAGACGGGCAAGGCCGAGGACAUUGUUUGGCACGACGAGGUCCGCCUGUACUCUGUCUGGAACGACGAGGCCGAUGGCGGUGAAUUUGUUGGCUACCUCUACAUCGACCUGCACCCCCGCGAGGGCAAGUACUCUCACAACGCCAACUUCAACCUGGAGCCUGGCUACGUUCGCACGGACGGAUCGCGCAAUUACCCUGCGACCGCGUUGGUCUGCAACUUUAGCAAACCAUCGGGCAAAAAGCCCUCUUUGCUCAAGCAUAAUGAGGUGGUGACGCUCUUCCACGAGCUGGGCCACGGUAUCCACGACCUUGUUGGCCGCACCCAGUACAGCUACUUCCACGGCACGAGCGUGGUGGGUGACUUUGUCGAGGCACCCUCCCAGAUGCUGGAGAACUGGUGCUGGACACCGUCCGUGCUCAAGUCGCUGUCGCGCCACUGGGAGUCUGGCGAGACGAUCCCCGACGACCUGGUGUCGAAGCUCAUUGCGACAAAGAACCUCAACUCGGCCACGUCGAACCUGGCGCAGGUGCUGAUUGGCACCUUUGACAUGACAAUUCACAGCCCCGAGUCGCACGAGGCUAUCAAAAAGAUGGACGCUGGCAGACUAUGGAACCAGCUCCGUCACGACAUUUCGGGCAUCAAGGGUCCAGAGGACAUUGGCAAGGGAUAUAACUGGGGUAAUCGCCAUGCCAACAUCGGCCACUUCAUCGGUGGCUACGACGCUGGUUACUACGGCUAUCUCUGGUCCGAGGUAUUCUCUACCGACAUGUUCCACACGCAUUUCAAGGCGAAUCCCAUGGACAAGGAGCAAGGUCGUCGGUACCGCAAGGUCGUGCUGGAGAAGGGCGGUGCCCAGGACGAGAUGGAGUUCCUGACAGAGUUCCUGGGUCGGGCUCCCAGUACAGAACCCUUCUAUCGCGAGCUGGGCUUGGCGUAA